CCCCUCGAGCUCCAAGGCGCGGGAGGAGCCUCGCGCGGCGUCGGGCGGCGCCUGUCCAGUCCCCGCAGCCUAGCGCGGGAGGCGGCGGGCGAUGGAGAGCAGAGAUCGGGCUCCCGCUGUCCCCCAGCGCGCUCUGCUGCUAUCCCGCAGCUGAGCCGAGAGGCUCCGGCCCCGUGCGCCCUACCGUGGCCCCGCCACUAUGGCCAGCAUGUGGGCGCCGGAGCACUCUGCUGAAGCGCACAGCAACCUGUCAAGUGCUGCCGACGACUGCGGCUCCGUGUCCGUGGCCUUCCCCAUCACCAUGAUGGUCACUGGCUUCGUGGGCAACGCGCUGGCCAUGCUGCUUGUGUCCCGCAGCUACCGGCGCCGCGAGAGCAAGCGCAAGAAGUCUUUCCUGCUGUGCAUUGGCUGGCUGGCGCUAACCGACUUAGUGGGACAGCUCCUGACCAGCCCGGUGGUCAUCCUCGUAUACCUGUCACAGCGACGCUGGGAGCAGCUCGACCCAUCGGGGCGUCUGUGCACCUUCUUCGGGCUGACCAUGACAGUGUUCGGGCUAUCCUCGCUCCUUGUGGCCAGCGCCAUGGCCGUGGAGCGCGCCCUGGCCAUCCGCGCGCCACAUUGGUAUGCCAGCCACAUGAAGACUCGCGCCACGCGCGCGGUACUGCUGGGAGUGUGGCUGUCUGUGCUCGCCUUCGCGCUGCUGCCGGUGCUGGGCGUGGGCCGCUACAGCGUGCAGUGGCCGGGCACGUGGUGCUUCAUCAGCACCGGGCCGGCGGGCAACGAGACAGAACCUGCGCGCGAGCCGGGCAGCGUGGCUUUUGCCUCCGCCUUCGCCUGCUUGGGUUUGCUGGCUCUGGUGGUGACCUUUGCCUGCAACCUGGCGACCAUCAAAGCCCUGGUGUCCCGCUGUCGGGCCAAAGCCGCCGCCUCGCAGUCCAGCGCCCAGUGGGGCAGAAUCACCACAGAGACGGCCAUCCAGCUCAUGGGGAUCAUGUGUGUGCUGUCCGUCUGUUGGUCGCCGUUACUGAUAAUGAUGUUGAAAAUGAUCUUCAAUCAGAUGUCGGUGGAGCAAUGCAAGACACAGAUGGGAAAGGAGAAGGAGUGCAAUUCCUUCCUAAUUGCAGUUCGCCUGGCUUCGCUGAACCAGAUCUUGGAUCCCUGGGUUUAUCUGCUGCUAAGAAAGAUCCUUCUUCGGAAGUUCUGCCAGAUCAGGGACCACACGAACUAUGCUCCCAGCUCCACCUCCUUGCCCUGCCCAGGCUCCUCAGCCCUGAUGUGGAGUGACCAGCUGGAAAGAUGAUGAACAGCCUGAAGUGGACUUUCAUUGCAGUACCUGCUUCCCUGGGUCUGAGAAUUUCUUCCCCCAAGGAAGGAUAACUGAAUAUUUUGGAUUGUAUCUUCUUUUGGCCUCAUAUUUUAAGUUUUUCUUGCCAUUAAACACACUGAGACAAGCUUUCUUAGGAUAAUCUGAGAGUCUGGCUGUCAGCUGGUUCCUGUGAAGGACUGAAGACUCUGCACUUGAGAGGAGGGCAAGACGGCAUAGAGUAGCAUGGAGAGACUCAGUGCAGAAAUAUCUACAGCCUCCAGAACCUUUGUGGGCACCUUCGUGUGUUGAUAGUCUGAUUCUACUAUAUAGAUCUGAAAAAGCAGCAUAACUUUUUAAACAGUGAAGUAUCAAUGUGUUGAGAGCAAAUGUCCAGCUAAUAAGCCAUGAGCCAAACAAGACAAAAAAGCUGGCAUGAGAGGGCAAGAGAGAUUGUGCAAAGGGUGUUUGUGCCAAGAAGAUAUAGGGUACCAUAGAGUUGUGUCCUUCUCAAUGAGACUGGGAAAUAAGUUUCUAAUUUAAUUCUAAUUACUGCCUCCUCAGUAAUCCAGGAAUCGUGCCAUCAUUUCUCUGCUUUUAAAGGGAGAAGUUUAGCUAAAGACACAUUCCAGGUGUCACUAAUAGCUAGGUGACUAAAUGUUCAGUUAGAGCUGUUGAAAGGAAAACUAGCUAAUUAUCGUUCCAGUUCAAUGUUAUUUUUUAAUUACUAUCUACUUAAGAUUUCUAAUAAUUUGUGCUCAGGCAGCACAAUCAAAAAAAAUAAAAAGAGGGGGUAAAAUUACUAAGUGACAGUUAUUCUACAUCUAAGUCUGUGACUUUUUUAUGAAAUAAAAUGAUUUGAAAUAGUGGACUUUGAAAAUUAUUUGAGUUAUUUAAUAGCUUCCAUCUUGUACACACUUACAUGCUUGUAAAUACACCAAGUUGUUCUUCCUUCUUCCACCUGUCCUUCUGACUCCCCUCCUGCCCCCUAGUUCGGCCCUUAGUUCAGUUCGGCAGAAAUUCAGUAUCUGCUCAGACACUGCUGUGUCAUCCUGUCCCUUCUCUGGGCUCUGUAGUUUCAUCCUGAACCAGGAUUCCAUUCUCAGUCCAUUCACCUAUAACCAAACGAUGUCUUUUGUGAAUCAGCUGUCGACUCCCACUGUAUUACUUUAAAUCCGUUUCCUACUCAGAUUUAAGUUCAGUGACCAUUACUGAGCACAGGGUAAAGACCACUAUCAGAGGGAUGUCUAUCUCUCACCUCCAUGGGUAUCGAACUGUCAUCUGCUAUUUAUCACAAGAGAGGGCCCUGAACAGUUCUCCACAAGUCUCAUCACUAAGAUUUGCUGCAAUGACAUCCCACUUACAGGACCAGGUGAUGUAGCAGUCGCAUGGUCUUUGAUGCAAAGUUGGAUUUGACUCUCAAUACACCAUACACAGGCCCUGUCCCCUUGAGAAAGCUGCAUGUCCCGCUGGGUCUCAAAUGAAGC